GGGGAAUGCCUCUCCCGUCCUCACCGUGUGUGUUGCUCACUGUUCACCAAUCGGUGGAAGAAAUGUGGAAUACUUCUCCCGGAUGCCUUGGUGAAGGAUCUGAGCAUUCACUGCUCCUCUCGGCCUCGAGACCUAUGGACCAAUAUGGGAUCGCAAUAGAGCUCUUUCCGUAGUCGAAUAUUGUGUGAGCGUGCACUAGACACAGGAGAUCAGCUUUUGAAGGCAAAUACCCAAGUACAUCUUUGUCUGCCUUUGCUUUUGUGGAAGUAGGAAGUGAAAAGAAGUGAGGAAAAGGACCACCAUCCACCACUCCCACUCCCACCACCUCUCACCCAUCUAUCCAACGAGACCAGAUCAAAGCAGGAAUUUGCCAGCAACAGUCCUUCGGCGGUCUUUUUAAACUCGUCUCAAGCGUUAAGCGAAGGAGUGAAGGGGAUCUUUCGAGUGCUUGAACCUACCACGACCAAGACCCCUAAUUUGGGAAUAGUCGCCAUUAGGACCGAAAUCAUCCUCUAUGGCAUCAAUGCCAAUCGGACUCUUUCUGCAAGACUAAGACAUGUUUGAAGGCAAGGACUGGAAGGACCUGUUGGUCCCAAGGACUUGAAACCUUUGGUUCUGGCACAAAAGGUUUCCACGAUGAUAUUGACCGGGAAAAUGAAAAAAAGAAGAUAGAGUGAUAUUGAAAAGGAAGAAAGACGAGCUGGGAUAUGUGUUCUGAAACUUAAUAUGCUGAAAGUUUGCCGGUAGUGGUACGACCAUUCUAGUCGCUUCGGCGAGAAACUUCAAACAAGACAACGAAGAACGAAAGUCAAGGAGUCGGGGAUCGUUGAAUUCAUUUUAUGAGGGUGAUCCCCAAAAUGAAGGCUUGUCCAGAAGAUCCUUCAGGAGCGCCUUCUCGACUUGAACGGAGGUGAAGAGAGAAAGGGCGGUCUUUUUCUCCUCUCCUCACAUUAGCAGAGCAUUUUUCUUAGACCCGCAAAAACAAAACACACACUUGGGACAAUUACCGUGUUCCACUGCUAUCAAGAGCGGAGAAGUUGUUUCAUCUGUGCACCUAGUGUACCUUCGCUCAACAGUGGAGCAGUUGAGAAGGAAACAAACUUGCCAGUCUCAUUUGUGAGCUCACGUUCCAUUACGGUUCUCUCCGGGACCCUUUUCCCAUUCACGAUCCCAAGGUGGAUAUUCACUAGCCUUGAGAAGGAACGAGGAACGUAUCAAAGGCCAUUGACAUAAUUCCUACCCGGGUGGUGUCGAUGGCGACGGUGUUGAUGGUGUGAGCCAGCCAACUGAUGGAAGUUUGCCCAAGAGUGAGUGGAUGGUCCAACGUUCACCUCAUAACUCACUGGAACGCAAUACAGUGGAACGCAUCACACUUCUUGAAAACCAUUGGCCUUCUGGCCGCCAAAGCUCAAAAACACGACGACAAGGACUUUCUGAAGUCCGUACGAUGCUCUGAGCUGACCAAGGUCAAGGAAGGAAACAGCACGAAGCUAACUGAUUGACGGAACCCUUGGGAUCCCUUGGACGAAACGAACGGGUUGACGUUCCCAAUUGAAGGACGAGGAAAAGCCUACCCAGAUUCCAGACUGAGAAAGAAAUAUGUGAAAACGAGAAGGUGAAAGGAUGUUAAACUUCUCGACGACCCACACACACCUUUUCCUUUACUCCUGCUUCAAAUGGACCGAAACUUUUCUCCGUCUUUAGAGCUGUGCCUGUUCUGAUAAAAGCUUCACCAUCCUUGGCUGGCCAUUCUCUAACGAAAAGCGAAAUCUCUUCACCUCUUCCUUUUCCAUUUCCCUUUCCCUCGUCUUUCCUCCUCCCUUCCCCCCCUUCACCUCGUCGUCUUUCUCCUCCCUGGCAAUUCUCCGUUCACACUCUUCUAUUCUAUUAAGUACGUACAAGGCAGUUUAUUGCUGCGUUCCACUCUUUUCUUGACCAAUCUUCGUGGCCAUCCUUGACAGACAAUCAUCAUGAACAGUGGGCAACUUUUGAUACUAAUCGGACUGACAACCUUAACGGCCAGUGAGCACCAUCGAACGCACACCACAUUCUCGGGGCGCUCCUCCCGAGAACCUCGAGCAGUGAGGGACGAUGGGAGUGGAGACACCCUCGACGCCUGUUGUCCCGUGACUCCACCCAGGAAAGUCUGCGCCAAAGGGGACGCAAUCUGCAUCCCGGCCAAUUACUCCAAGUUUGAUUUGCCAAACGAGACUAGGACAGUGGUUAAUGUGGGUAUCGAUAUCAAGGACAUCCCCAAGAUCGAUGACCAAGAGUAUAGUAUUACCCUGAAUGCAUUUUUCGUGGUCCGAUGGACCGACGAGAGAAUGAUCAUCGACCAAGAGAAGAUGGAUCAAAUCCUCAAACGUGGUGAGAGCGCGGAUUCUUGGAUUCCCGUCGAUGUUAGCUUCAUCAAGGAAUUCUGGCUCCCCGAUGCGGAAAUUCUCAACCUGAAGGAGUUCAAAACCCUGGAUGUUCUGUCCAAGCUCGAGGGCCUCUGGCUGAAUCGCAACUUUGAGAUCAUGUACGCCGUGGCCACCCGAAUCACCUUUAUCUGUCCAAUGACGUUCAACUCGUUCCCGUUGGACAUUCAAGUUUGCCGCUUCCAAGUCGGAAGCUUCAACUACGACGUGACGAAAAUGAUCUUCAAGGACGAGUUCAUUGCCGAUGAAAAGCAGAUCCGCUCCGUCUUGGAUUACUUCAUCGAUAUCAACAAAUUGAGUGAGAAGGACCAAACCUACUUUGCCCUAACAGGCAAUUAUUCCGUGGCCGGCUUUGAGCUGACCUUACGGAGAAAAGUCUCGCAUUAUAUAAUCACUUACUACCUGCCGUCCGGCAUGUUCGUCAUCGUGUCUUGGAUCAGCUUCCUGGUUCCACCCGACAUCGUGCCCGGCCGAAUGACCCUACUCGUCACUGUCUUUCUCGUCUUGGUCAACAUCUUCAACACAAUCACCACGAACAUCCCCAAGGCCGAGGGUCUGACGGCCAUCGAGGCCUGGGUCAUAGUGUGUGUGCUCUUCGUGUUCGGGGCCCUCAUCGAGUACGCCGGCCUUUUGCUGAAGAUGAAACUAGCCGCCACGCGACCUUGUAAAGGUACGAGUCGCGAGAACUCGCUGCUUCUCAAUGGGAAGAUGCCGGAUGAGAAGAAGUGGCUACGGGGGAUCUCGAGACGCAAACAGCGGGAGGACAUUUCCCAUGCCCGAUUAGACAUUCUGUUCCUCCUGCUGUUCCCCCUGUUCUUUCUCAUCUUUAACUUGAUCUACUGGCUGGGCUUUCUGUACGGACCAUGCUCGCAUUGCACUAGUGACGACGAGACUAAGCCCAUCUACAACGUGGAGUACUGAUAGCCCCCGGGAUCGACACGGCUGCAACCACCACCUCCGCGCCUCCGCCGCUCUACAAUAACCUAUGUACUAUGCAUGUGACCCGCACAAUAUCUAGAUUCUUGAAUAUCAGCUAUCAACCCACAAACCCUCACAUGAUGGGGAAUGAACAACGCAGAAACAAGAGUCGACGUUUUAAAUUCACAAUGACAAUGACAAUUUGACAUCCGCUCAGCCUAGUUUUUAACGAUCUCGAUGAAAACAUAUUUCCAAGCUAAUAAAACCCUGCACCAACCUCUUUCUCA